UGGACUUUAACGUUAACCUUUGUUUAGUAGUGGUAAACAUGUUUAUUAGACACGCAGCUCUUUUGGUGGUACUGUCUGCCUUCGCCAACGGCGUGGACUAUCACGACACGAUGGAUGACAACCACGACUUCAACGCCGUGAUGGCGGACAAGAAGCUCCUGCGGCAGCACCUGGACUGCUACCUGGAUAAAGGACCCUGCAAUGACGUGAUGCAGAGCUAUAAAAAGCACAUUCCCACCUUCAUCCGGGAGAGCUGCGCGCGAUGCAAUCCACCCCAGAAGCACAUGUUGAAGACGUGGCUGGACGGUCUGGAGAAGGUGGACCCUGAGGGUUUCAGGCAGUACAGUAAGAAGUAUGACCCUGGCAAUAUCUACAUCACACCCUUGAGAGCAGCUGUGGCUGGUUUUUGAGAAUCUUGCAGUAGAAUUAGCGUAUAUUAUAUAGGCAGGAUA